AUGGACAGCUCUCUUGCGCAGUUUGCGUCCACGCGGCGCAAACAAUGCACGAAGACGCCUUCAGAAUGCAUUUCAGGCCUAGGCAACAACACCGUUGUGAUGUACGUCGUGCCAGCCGAUGCCUUCUUGCGCAUGACAGAAGUCAAGACUCACGAGGAGCUCGCAGAUUCUGGUGUUCUCAAAGAGUUCGAUGAGAACCUGGGAAAGGCGAUGUUCGUGUCGCACCAGUGGCUGAGCGGCAAGCACCCUGAUCCAGACUUCCAGCAGCUGCGCGUUUUGCAAGAUGCGCUCGAGAACCUGGCUGCAGGAACAAGUAGCAUGUCACUACCUGCGGUCACAGAACUCCACCUUGGAAGCAUCAAGUGCCCUCCUGCUUCGGACUUCGCUCCGGGCCAUCUUCAGAUUUGGUAUGACUACUUCAGCAUCCCACAGAGCAGCGAUGCACAUCAUUGCCGCCAGACCGCCAUUCAAAGCAUCCCGGAGAAUGUGGCAAGAUGCGACUUCUUCGUCGUGCUGUGCCCUGCCUUGCAGCACAAUGACCAGCAGCGGACUCUGAGCUUUGCAACCUGGGGCGAGCGAGGGUGGUGUCGCAUGGAGAGAGCAGCGCGAGAACUUUCGACCCUCAGUGGUGGCUACAUCAUUCUUGUAGAGAGUGCGACACACCAGAGGCUGAUGGGGACAACAAACAAGUUCACGGAUGCACCGGGUGACGGAGAGUUUACAUUCGAUGCUGACAGAGUGGGGAUCGGUCGUAUGGUUACUCAGAUGGUUUGGUCCAAGCUUUUGCGUUACCUCGACCAUGGAGAUUUUCACAACUACCGGUUCCUUCUCAACUCACACUCUUCGGUAUAUUGCCAUGGCCUUGACGUGGAGCCCAUUGACGGCAUUGUUCCGGGAUUCCACACUCGGACCGACCCGAGUGUUGACCCCCAUGGUUUUAUUCUGGAUCGUUUCCUGCAUCAGAAUGGUCUCAGGACCAUCUUCGAGCGGGAUUCCGGAGGGUGGCCACCCGUUUGCUUUGCAGCGAUGAGCAACAACCUCGUGGUGCUGCAGGCUCUUCUGGACCGAAGGGUGGAUGUCAACCAGGUCACGACCAAGUCUAAGCCAGAGGCCAGUUUUCCUGCCAAAAUGACGGCUCUUGGAGUGGCUAGCUUCUUUCGCAACAAUGACGCUGUUGAGCUGCUCCUCCGCGCCAGAGCCCACGUAAAUUACAAGGAUGGUUGGGGAAGCGGUGCUCUCCAUCCAGCGUGUGCAGGGGACAAUCCUCUUGGAGUGCGGCUACUAUGCCAUGCUCGUGCCAACGUGAACCAGAAAUGCAUGCCGGGGCUGAGCCCUGUCAUGCUCUCCUGUAUAACUGGAAGCGUGCGCGCAAUGAAGGAGAUGCUCACCCUGAAUCCAGCUUUGAGCUUGCGACACUGCCUGCACAUCGCACUCAUGUUCGCUGGAGGCGGUUCUGCUGACUUGAUUUCGGUGUUGCUAGAGGCUCGGGCGAAUGCCAAUGAACAGUUCCGGGUACGGAUCCGGGAGCCCGAAUGGUGGCUUCUGAUGAAUGUCAUGGCUGUAAGGCAUCGGGUGAGGGCGUCCCGACUGACUUUGCUGGCAUAUCAUCAUCACGAUGCUACGCCGCUUAUGUUUAGCAUUCUGACCGGCUCUUGGGAUUCGGUGUCCUCCCUUCUUUCAGCCGGAGCCCGAGUAGACAUCCGGAACUACCGCAAAAAAACGGCAUCCGAACUGGCACGCCAGAUUGGCGAGCUGAUUUUUCUAUUUCAGGUCAGAAAGAUCCAGGUUCAAAAAGGCUUCGACUCUGCAGUUGCUUCGCAGGUAUCAUGUGGGAAGCGGAGCGAAUCCUAUGAUUUCAAUAGUUUUAGCAUCGAGAUGGUGCCGAAGCUACCAACGCUGCUUCUACUCGCCUCCUGCCUUGGCGGCGGCAGCUUGCCGAUUUGUGAGGACUGUGGCAGCUCUGACGUCAGCGAACUUUUGCAGCUUUCGCGAACUGCUCCCAAUCAGGUUGCGGACUUGGAACAGCUUGGGCAGAAGAUCGCAAAGGAGAAAGCCUCCACUGGAUUCCUCGCCUUUUAUGUGGUGAAGGUCUUCUUGGACUCAGCGCUUUUUAUGCUCGAGAAGCAGUUCACGGGCCUCAUCGAGGUGGGUGACAAGGCUGGCCAAGACUUGCAAGAGCUGUUCUCCUCUGGCGAGGAGGGACAGGAGGAGGUGUCUCAGGAGGCCUCGGAUCUCUUGAAGGAGCUGUUCUCCCGAGUUCGGACUGAACUUUUCAGCGGAAGCUCGCAUGUGCCGACGGUCUUUCGAAUGUUCGGCUUGAGAAGGUCGGCAGAGGCGUACACGAGCAGUGUGAAGCAGGCUUCGGACAUCUUGGACGACCUCUUCAAAGCCUGUGACGUGGCGAGCUAUGCCGCUGCUGGUUCACUAGAGGCCUCCCUGGCAACCUGCCGGGACAAGAGCUCCGAGAUGAAAGACGCGCUGCCGAAGCUGAUGCGGAGUUUCUUGGAUACGCUGGCCGACAACAUCGCCUGGGUUGUGUAUAACAAGGACGCUCUGAAAGCUUAUGCCGACAAGCACCUGGAUUAUACCGUGGGAAUUGUGCAACGCGUGUGCACGUCGGUUCAUGGUGCGGUGCUCGCGCUCGCCGACGGCACGUCCGCCUAUGCUCAAGUGAGCACAACGAGAUAA